AUGGAGACUCUGAGUAACGAGAUCUGGGAUGUCGUCAUAGCUGGUACCAGCAUCCCUCAGUCGCUACUGGCACUGUCUCUCUCACGAUCGGGAAAGAAAGUGCUCCAUGUCGACCGUCAUCCCUACUAUGGCGGCAAUGACACUGGUCUGAGUCUCCAAGAAGCGGAAGAAUGGGUACAGGACGUGAAUAAAUUCCCCAGCGCAGUCUUCAAAGAUGCGUCAAUUUCGAGACCACCUCUCAAGGAGUCAAAUGAGCAGGCUGGCAACCUCCAACCUUCAAGGACAUAUACCUUGAGCCUGAAGCCUCAAAUCGUUUACGCAAAAUCCGAGUUCCUUCCGACGAUCGUCUCAUCACGAAUACACACGCAACUAGAAUUCCUUGCGGUUGGCUCGUGGUGGGUUCAUCGUGAUGGAGCAUUGCACAAGAUUCCAAGUACUCGUGAAGAUGUUUUCAAUGAUGAAUCACUGUCUAUGAAGGACAAGCGUGGCUUGAUGAAGUUCUUACGUUAUGUUAUGCAAGAGGGAGAUGAAUCAACAACGGACGUUGAAGAAGAACAUCAAAUGUCUCUUCGAGCCGCUCUCACGAGCAAGUUCAAAAUUCCUGGAUCUCUGCAACCACCGCUGUUGGCACUCGCACUGUCUCCGGUUGCUGCAGAUGCAAUUCAUUUUGACACGGCACUCGCUAGAAUCCGGAGACAUAUGCGAUCAAUGGGCUAUUUCGGGCCGGGGUUUCCUGCCGUCAUCGCGAAAUAUGGCGGCAACUCAGAGAUUUCUCAAGUUGCCUGCAGAGCUGGUGCUGUUGGUGGAGGUGUAUAUCUCUUGGGACAUGAGUUGACAAGAUUGGAGUCUCCCGAAACCAGCGGCACAAGGCCUAAUGGUGACGGUGUUUCGUUAAUCAGAGGAACUCUCUCAGACGGGACCCGAAUUCAGUCUCGGUAUGUUGUUGGAAGUCUCGACGACAUUCCGACAUUGAGAGAAAUAAUGCCCGAGAUGGACUUGUCCAAUCCUACUUGGAGGUCAAUCAGUAUUGUUGCUGAUCCGUUGCGGGCCUUGUUCCCUCAGACAUCAGACAACGGCCCAGUACCCGCUGUGGCAAUCGUCUUGAUAGACGCAGGCGCAGAAGACACUGAUAAGAGUCCAGUCUAUCUACAGAUUCACUCUGAAGAUACGGGGGAAUGUCCAACCGGCCAAUGUGUAAUUUAUGCUUCAGUGGUUGCUGACGAUGCGUCUUCAAAAAGUCGACUCGAAGCAGCUGUAAACGAUUUCCUUGAUACCUGUGGGACAACGCCCUCCCUUUUAUGGUCCUUGUCCUAUCAGGUCUCAGGGCCCGCAAUCGAUCCUGCCUCACCCUCAUCUUUUUUGCGGAAAAACUCGUCACAAGUUUUGGUGUUUGCUCCAGAGCCUCAUGAUCAGUCGUUCCACGACGGCGUCCUUGGUGCGGUCAAGGAGGCUUGGAAGGUUGUCAUGGGAGCCGAUGCUGCUGACAGCACAUUCUUACGGUUUGAAGACCGUGAGUCUGAAGUCGAGGACUAG